UGUGAAAUGGAGAAAUACCUGGCACCUCAGCUCCCGCCUGUUCCUGUCAUCCCCGAACAUAAGAAAUACAGAAGAGACAGUGCCUCGGUUGUAGACCAGUUUUUCACCGACAGCGAAGGGUUGCCUUACAGCAUCAACAUGAACGUCUUCCUCCCCGACAUUAGCCACCUGAGAACUGGCCUGUACAAAUCUCAGCGACCCUGUGUAACACACAUCAAGACAGAGCCGGUCACCAUCUUCAGUCACCAGAGCGAAACUACUGCCCCUGCCCCUGCCCCCACUCAGGCCCUCCCCGAAUUUACCAGCAUCUUCAGCUCCCACCAAACCCCCGAUGUGAACAACAUUUUCAUCAAGCAGGAGCUUCCUACUCCAGAUGUUCAUCUUUCCGUCACGCCCCAGCAAGGCCAGUUAUAUCAGCUCUUGAGCUCACCGGAUUUAGAUAUGCCCAACACUACUACUCAGGCAGCCGUGAUGGACUCCCUUAACAAUGUCUCCAUGCCGUCAGCCAUGGCGGGCCUUAACACGCUCUCCUCGGCUGUUCCACAGACUGCAAUGAAACAGUUCCAGGGCAUGCCCCCCUGCACCUACACCAUGCCAAACCAGUUUCUGCAGCAGCAGGCCACUUACUUCCCUCCUUCGCCCCCAAGCUCAGAGCCUGGAAGUCCAGACAGACAAGCAGAGAUGCUACAGAAUUUAACCCCUCCUCCAUCCUACGCUGCAACUAUAGCUUCCAAGCUGGCAAUUCACAAUCCGAAUUUACCAGCGACUCUGCCCAUAACCCCCCAGAACAUCCAGCCAGUCAGAUACAACAGGAGAAGUAACCCAGAUUUGGAGAAAAGACGUAUUCACUACUGUGACUAUCCCGGCUGCACGAAAGUUUAUACAAAGUCUUCUCACUUAAAAGCGCACCUGAGAACUCACACGGGUGAGAAACCAUACAAGUGCACGUGGGAAGGCUGCGACUGGAGAUUCGCUCGCUCGGAUGAAUUAACGCGCCACUACAGGAAGCACACGGGGGCAAAGCCCUUCCAGUGCGCCGUCUGCAACCGCAGCUUCUCCCGCUCCGAUCACCUGGCUCUCCACAUGAAGAGGCAUCAGAACUAAAAGCUGGACUUGUCGUUGAGGCUGUUUUGUAUCUAUGCAAUUUCCUAUUGACUCUCGACAUACAACUAAAAUUAGUUUAAUUUUUGAGUAUGGGUUAUCCAUUUAAAAGAAAUCUCAAAGGAAACUGGAAAUGUAUAUUUUGUAUAUUUAUGCAGAAAAAAGGGAAGACACUGUAUCACAAUACCAGAGUGUUCGGUCGUUUGUUUGCUCUCAUGAUGUAUAUGGCUUUAGUCAGCAGGUUUCAUCUCUUUACAAGUAUUAUGUCUUGACACAUUGCAGCUCUAUACAUUUUUUUUUUCUCUUGCGGUGUUUUGACCAAAGCACUGUCAUCAUUGUGACAAUGUUUAGUAAACGAAUUAACGAGAGGCUGCAGAUGAAUGAACUCAGUGGAAAAGCCAUGAAUUCUAAUCUGUCAGGUUUUUACUGGACGUAUUUAGUACUUGUGGGGUUUUUUUAAAUGUUAGGUCGUUCUGUGGAGAUAAAGUACAUAGAAAAAUUCAUGAACAGCCAUAGAACAAAACAUUUUGUUCUGUACGUUGCAUGUUUGCUAUGACAAAGAUUUUGUAGAUAUGCAAAUCAGCUUUUUAGGUUUAAUACAAAAGUUUUCUAAGAAUCGUC